GUUUUGGCAUUGCAUUUGUGAAAACGCAACUCUUGUACCUCCUCUCCACUGACAUUCGUGUCGUAUCGCUGAUCUGCUCUGUUGAUUGUACUUUCUUAGUCUUAAAAGCUGCCGCAGAAAAACAAAGAAAAUAACUACGCUGCAAAACGGAAUGACUUAUUACACUGCAGAAAUUUGGACGGGUGGGUAUUUUUUCUUUUUUUUAAAAAAAGAGCUGCCAAUUUCUUGAAACUUCUUUCUUUGUCUUAUAUAUACAAAUAUAAUAUAUACAAAGUUUAACAGUAACCAUAGAUACAGAUUAAAUACCUAUUUGUUUAAAUACAAUAGAGCUGAUCUGAUGUUGUUAUUUAACCCGUAACGUAGCCAAAAAAAUUUUUUUUAUCAAUCUAAUACUGCAGUAUCAUCGUAUUUGUUUGUUAAGCUAAGGCGCCACGAGGAACAUUUUCAUGCGCGUGCUAUGCAACAUUGCUGCAUAGCACGCGCAUAAAAAAAAUUACUCGUGUCCCAUGCCUAUUUUUCACUGCAAUGCAGCAAAAAAAUGUUGCAUGGAGCAAACAUUUUGCUCCACAACUUCGGGGACAAAAUAGAUCUGAAUCUAUUUUGCUCCCGUGCUCCGGGGACAAAAUGUGCUGAAAAAUUUGUUGUGGAGCAAAUGUUGCACGUGUCUGCAACAAAUAUUUUACAAAAUUAUUUGAGGCAUUAUUUUAUUGACCAAUCAAAUCACAGAAAGAUAUAAACAAGUUUUUUUCUUGAGAAGUUGAACUGCAAGUGAAGAGUAGCUAGUGAGAAAAUAGCGAAAAUGGCGGAUGAAAAGAAAAAACUAUCAGACGAGGAGAAAGUUACUUUAAUAAACUUUUAUAAAGCGAACCCAACGUUAUGGGACAGUGGGAAUAUAUAUUACAAAAAUAAAGACAAAAAAGAAGCUGCGAAAAUAGACCUUGUCACUGAAUUUGAGGGGGCGUAUAGCUGUGAUUUUCUAGAAAAAGCAUUCCAUUCUCUUCGUUCAUCGAUGCUCCGUGAAGUUAAACGUAAUGCUGGAAGCGAAGUUCCAUCGAAAAAGUGGAAGUUUUAUGAACAAAUGGAGUUUAUCGUAACUGAUCUAACAAAAGAAAAGAAAAAAGCGCAACUUUCGUCCGACGAGUUGGAAGAAUUGAUUGAUUUUUAUCGUGAAAAUCCCGCGCUUUGGAACCACACUCUACAAGAUUAUAGAGACAGAGUGUUGCGCGAAGCUCUGAUGGUCAAACUGAGUGAGCGUUUUGAUGGGAAGUAUACCGUAAACGAGCUCAAAACGUCAUGGCAUAACGCAUUGACAAAGUAUAGAAGUGAGCGCAAUAGGGAGAUUGGAUCAAGAUCCUCUGGUGCAGGUGUAAACGAAGCAUAUUUUUCUACCUGGGACCAUUAUAAUCAAAUGGAUUUCGUUGAGAUUACUUGCGAUAUGGAUGAGACCGUCGAUACAAUGAACGAGGAUGAACCACGUACCCCUGCUCCUAAAAAACGACGGGAGAAGAAGAUGACGGAGGAGCAGUGUGCCAAAGCCGAACUGUGGAAAGCGUUGACAACUUCCAUCACACAAAGGGCUGAUCACCAUGAAAUCCGGCCGCAACAAGCUUCUACAUAUGGAUGCGAAGCGCAAUCUGCUGUCGAAAAACGUGCCCAAAUUUUUGGAAGUACAGUGGCCGACAGUUUGGUCCAGUGCUAACUAAAAGAUUGGCCAAGGUUGAAGAAAAAAAUCAUGGAUAUUUUUUUCGAGUAUGAAGAGCAGAAACAACACCAAUCUAUGCCUACCAACCAUCAUGCUCGUAUGUUCGCAGCUUCAACGUUUACUCCAUACACCCCAUCAUAUCCCAUGGCAAAUACAUAUACUGGUAUGCUGCAAUCGCCACCUCUACCUUCUCAAAAUCAGCCGUAUUCACCCGCAAAUUCAUCCUGUUCGAACGAUACGUUUUGAUACGUUACGUUAUGGUUGGCAGACAUUUUCUGGAGUAAAAUAAAUCAGAAAAAUAUAUUAAACGUUCAGUAAAUCUUAUCAUUUUUUAUUUAUCCUCGCAAAAAAUAAAAUUAAAUGUCAACUCUAGCGCAAUGCCACUGCCAGCGUACAGCACCUUCCAUUACGAAAUACUCCGUGAACUCGUCUCUUAUUGCUUUGGCUUGAUUACUAGAUCGAUUGCCGUAAAUGUCAUUGGACAGUGAAAACCAUGUGCCAGUAGGAGUAUCUUCUCUCCAAGCACCUUCGAUAAUUUCACCACGCUCAUUCUCUCGGUCGACAAGACCAAUUGGUAGCUCAAUUUUGCCCACAGAACUUUUGCUCCUCUGCCAGUUAUGCAAUGCCACUGUUGCCAUUGUGAUGGUAGAAACCUUUUCUGGUUCUAAGUUUAUAGGUCGACGAAAAAUGCGCCACCGAUUUGCCAAUAUCCCAAAUCCGUUUUCAGAAAUUCUUCUCUUUCGUGACAGUCGAUAAUUGAAGAUGCGUUUGUUUACUGUCAGAUUUUUUUGUGGAUAA